AAGAGAAUGCAUUUGCAUUUGAAGUUGUUUUGUUGGAUCGGAGAAACGAAGAAGUGAGAGUAGGGUUUUGGAGAGGAGAGAAUGAGUAGGAGCUUGGGAAUACCGGUGAAGCUCCUCCACGAGGCUUCGGGUCACGUGGUGACGGUGGAGCUCAAAAGCGGCGAACUCUACAGAGGAAGCAUGAUUGAGUGCGAGGACAACUGGAACUGUCAACUCGAGAGCAUCACCUACACUGCCAAGGAUGGAAAAACAUCGCAGCUUGAGCAUGUAUUUAUUCGAGGCAGCAAAGUCAGGUUUAUGGUCAUACCAGACAUGUUGAAGAAUGCUCCUAUGUUUAAGCGUUUGGAUGCGAGAGUCAAGGGCAAGGGUGCAUCACUUGGAGUUGGUAGGGGCCGGGCAGUUGCCAUGCGGGCAAAGGCUCAAUCUGCUGGCCGUGGAGCUGCACCUGGGAGAGGUGCACCACCAAUGCGGAGGUGAUCAUAUCAUCUACUCUUUCACUGUCUGUUGAACUUGUAUUUAGGUCUGUUGUAGCCUUGUAUAAGUUUACCAGAUAACGAAAUUCAAAUAGAAAUUGCCUAUAAAGACUUCAUAGAUUACUUUCUUUAUAGAUGGUUUUGAUUCUCUGGCA